ACAGUGCGCCGAUGCUUGUUUGGCCAGACAGUGACCACUGCGGUCAACUGCGCUCGCCUCGUCGUCACCGGUUGCGCGGCUUUUCCGGCUUUGCCUACGCUACCACUUGCAUCGCGAUCACCUUUGUCUUUGGCUACUGGACCCAGUCGUACCUCGAGGCUGACGCCUUUUGGCCCGGUUGGCAGUCGAUGCACACUGCACUACCGCUUUCGGGCAUAGUACGAGGGCGACUGCUACUAGACCCCAGUUGGCCGUCGUUGGACCUCACGGCACUCGCGUUGGCGCCAAGCGACGCGAUGGGCACGCCGCCCGCGUACCCCCGGCGCCUCAUGUACCAAGACUUGACGUCGCUGCACGCCGCCGUCGUCGGGCUCCGGGCGCUUCACACAUCGCACCUCUCGACCAUGGUGUCGGCGUACUGCUGGGCAGAUCUCGACCGGCGCUGGGCGCUUGGCCACACGGCCGCACGCCAAAUGCGCUGCGAGAGCCAUUAUGCCUCGAACGCUGCCGUCUACUUGGAAGCGAUACUGCGCAACGUCGAUGUGGCGACAUGGAAUGACGUGGCACGCUUCCAGGGCAUGAUCGGCGACCCUAUCGCCUCGUCGUCAGCCGACGGACUCGCCUGGGUCGCAUCCCUCGACGACGUUCCGCGGCGCUCGAUCGACGACGAAGUCGGCGUGUGGCAACAGCAUGGCUGCACGUCGUUCACAUUGCAGUGGGCCAAUCGACUGCAAAUCGGGCUUCACGACACCGUGCUCUUGCGCAGCGCGCUCGGAAUCGACCAGCCGCUCGUGUUGCAUGCGCUACCAUCGACAGCGCUUGGCAUGGCGUGGGUCUCGUCGUACUUGACGUCGUGCCUCGACAACGCCUUUAGUGCAGCGUACAACCGCAGUCUCGUGCGCAACACGUCCAACUUUUUCGGCCACAAGGAGCCGUCGUUGAUUGAAGAGUUCAACGUUGGAACGCCGUUGUCACCCAUUUUCCAAGUUGUCCACAAUGUCAUUGGACCGCUGGGGGCGAUUGAUCUCUACUGGGUUCCCGUGCCGCCGCCGUUAAUCGCAGCGAUCGAGCUCUUCCGAUUGCUCGUACGAACGUCGCCCGUCGCCGCGUCACUAACACUGCAUCCGACUCCCCGACGCUGGGCGUCUCCCGCGCUGCGCUUUGUGAGCGGCAACCCCAUGUGCAUUCAAGGGACACCCGUGCCGUUAGUUAUCGAGUCGUUCGGAUUCGACGACGGUUGUGCGGGCGCGGCACCGCUCACGGUUGUCAUUCACGGCCUGAGCGGUCUCUUUGGGCUGUGGCUGCUCCAGGAUGCCGAGACCAUCGACGAGAUCUGCGCGCUUGUUCCAACAGACACCGCGUGCAAGACGUAUCUUGCAGCGCUAAUGCCAGUGCUUUCGUCGCUGCCGCCACCACCGCCGCUGACUGCGACGCUCGCGGCCGUCAACCUGACGCUACUUCAGUUUAUCGACACGGCAAGUGUAAAUACGACCAGCGCGGAGCUACAGCUGGAGGCGCAGACAUUGCUCGAGCCAUCGUGGGCGUUCUUUGGGUGGACUAUGAUAUACGACUGGGCGCAUCUGUCGCGCGAAGCCGUCUCGUUCCAAGGCGACGUGCGCACGAUAAACGCGUUGUCGGCGGCAUAUGCCCCAGUUAUCGCCCUUGAGGCGACAACGACGCUACCCACGUGGGUGCGUUUCCUUCGUAUCGCCAACGUGCUCUUCAGCCUCGGUCUCGCGCUCGUCGGUGGCGUGGCCUUGGCGUUUCUUUGCUGUCAACCGCACGCGGCGCGAUGGCACCUCUUUCCGCGCAUUGCGACCGGCGUCUGGUUCAAUAGAGGUCUCUUGAGUCUCCGGAGCCUCACGGCCGUCGUGUGUCUCUCGACCGCACCCAUCUUUCCAGUCGCCGAUGCACCAACCCAGUCAACGCGGCUCGUAUUUGAGCCCCGGAAUCUCGCCACGUCCUGCGUUUUGGCCAUCGAGGCGACGUGGGUGCUCUACAGCGUACACGACGUUAUGCACCCUGUCUGCGGCCGCCACACCAACACUCGUGCCGCGAUAGCCUGUGCGAUUGCAUUUUUGGCAGUUGCGUGCCUCGAUGUGAUCUCGCCCGUCCAAGUGGCCGCGUCGCUAAACCGGGUGUGCUCAUCUGUGGACAUGGACACGAUGCUCUACUGCACCAGCGGCGUCAUCACCAUCGGACACAUGUCGCGCUGCCUUGUACUCGGCCUCAUAUUGGUGCUCUCGGUGUGUCUCGCGCAUCUCGUGCCGCUACCAACGACGAUCAAACCGAGUCAUACACCCAGCUUGGCGCUGCCGCUGGCGCUCGUGUCCGACGUGCAAGAUCAUAGCGACCGCAAAGUCGUGUCGCUGGACCGCGCGACGGCCGCGAUGAGCGGCAUCUUUCAGCUGCGCCGCCGCACAAUCUUUGAUUCCAAGCUCUGGCGACCGAUCCCGUCGCCGGCGCUCGAUACGUUCGUGUCGCUGCCCGACUGCGGCACCGCGCCGCUGCGAGGACCGACGUUGCAGCCAAAAAUGUCCCGCUGCGCGCGCUUCGAGCAAGUGAGCGUUGCACUCGGUGGCCUUGGCUUCUUGGUUACGUCGCUCCUAAGUAACGUGCUGUACGCUCAGAAAGCCUCCUCGUACUUGGCCAACGACUAUGGCUGGGCUGGGUUCAACACGACGGGCGCCCGGGUGUUUGUGGCCAACGUGGUCAACGAAGCUCUGCUCUCGAUGCGCGCGUGCAGCGACUUUGCGCUCGACUCACCAAGCAUCGGCACGAUCAAUCAACGCUACAAUGGCUCGGCGACCGACAUCACGUGGGCCGCGUCCAUGGCCCGACGCCAGUUGUACCAACCCGAGACGUCGCUCGUCGACAUCAUUUCGGGGCUUCGCGCCAUGAGUCCGUGCAACUUACCGGCAAUGUUUACGCAGUACUGCUACCUCGACUUUGGCCAGACGUGGGAGAUGGCGUCAACGACCAAGCGGCAAGCACGCUGUGUUCUGCAGCGUUCGAAUGGCGCACUCUUUCUCGAAAGUGCCUUGCGCAACCUGAACGACUGGGGCGUCUGGGAGCGCUGUUGGGGCGACGCCUUUGCGAUUGGGAUUACGGCUCCGCUCACCACGACGUUGGACGGUCAAGCAUGGCUACAGCAGGUGCGAUCAGCUUACGCUUUUUCGGUCGACGACGAAGCCGCGUACUGGCAACGCCACGGCAUCGAAUCGUUUGUGCUGCAGUGGCAAAACUUCAAGACCCUUGGUAUGGUGGACACGAUGGUGGUAACGUCCGCGCUCGGGCUCUCAUCGUCUCUGUAUCUCAGUACGUCGCGCAGCAAGCUGCAUUGGCAGCAGCAGACCUCCGCCAAGAUGUACUGGUCGUUUGCGAGCGACCUCUGGGCAAUCACGUCCAAUACCACAGCGGUUCGUGGUCGUACCUUGCUGCGGCACAGCGCGGACUUUGCCUUUUCAAAUGUGACGAGCGAAUCACUCUUGCAGUCGAACAUGACGCUCCCAACGCCGCUGACGCAAGGCUUGGCAAUCGUUCGAGACGCCAUCAGUCCUUUCAACGCCGUCGACAUGAUCUAUGUACCAUGCCCAGCUGCCUUGCAGCGCGUGUACCGUGACGCCACGACGUCAUUGGCAUCCGUGCUCGUGACCAACGAGGCGGCCCAAGCUGCGUUUGUGCCCUUAUUGACCGCCGAGUUCACGGACAUGCUGCCGAUUCCAUCCAGUGCACUUGCGUCGACGUCAAGAACUGUCGGCGGCAACCUACUCUGUGGCGACGACUUCCCGCCGUACCUGCUCUCCUUGGGCUUUGGCUGUUUCUUUGGCCCGGACAACAUGUGCCACGCCUAUUUCAGCGAGUACAUUUCGCUCGACAUGACCCAUACCCUCGUGGCCCUUCUGGCGACGCAAGACCCAACGCUGGACGGAGACGCUAUUUGCUAUAACGACGCUCUCGCCCACCCCGAUUGCCCGACCCUCUAUACAUCGGCGUCGUUGUUUCUAGCUACGUUUGUGCCAAGCUUGGAUCCGCCCUCGGACGCCGCCUUGGACGCUGUUCAAGCACUGGACGUGGAGCUGGUGCAAUUCGUUGCCGUCGAUGAGAAUCGAUCCUUGCCGCUGCAAUUGUACCGCCACCCGCUCGUUCUACCCUCCGAUCGACCGUGGCGCUUUUAUACGUGGGUCUACCUCGUGCAGUGGGCCGCGGGCGCCCGCGACGUCGUGUCGUUUCAAGGCGACAACGGACGCAUCACGACACUCUCAACGCAGUCCCGGCCGCUGACGAUGUCGCCGGACGUGAACGACAUUCCCAACUCGGUCUCGCGCUUCUUCCUCCUCGCGGUACAGUACGUGACGAUGGUGCUCAUCAGCGUUGCGCUUAUCGCGACGCUCGUGGCGCUACGCCACUUCCCGAUCACGAACGGCCUCAACCUCAUGGAGCUCAACCGCGUCGUGGGCCACGUUUGGAUUGGGCGCUCGUGGCUGCUCGCCCGCAGCAUCUCGGCGCAGUGGCUCCUGCAUACGAGCACACUCCGCCUCGACCAAGUCGGCAUCGGUACGCGCUUUGUCUCGCCGCCGCUCGACUGGUUCACGACCAUGCUCGCCGGCGGCGAAAGCACAUGGUUUGUCUACAUCCUCAACGACCUCUUGAGCUGCGUGUCUCGGCAAUGGACCUUUGCGUAUGCGUUCAAGAGCGCGCUGGUCGCGUGGAGCGCCACGUCAUUGUGGGUCACGCUUGUGCCGGCCACGUACACGGCGACUGUACACCGGCAGUGUACAUUGGUCGAGAUGGACCUCGCGUUGACGUGUGUGAGUGCGCACGUGCAGAUUGGUGACGCCACGCGCGUCGGCGUCGGGUUUGCUCUCGGCCUUGCCGCCGUGCUCCUCUGCCUUGGCAUCGAGCGCUACCGCCUCCGCGAUUUACCGCCGCUGACUGUGACGUCGACGACGCUCCUCAACGCAACGAGUUUGCACAUGCUCAUGACGACGCCCGACGGCCUCCUGGAUCCUGCGUCCGGCAUUUUGGCCGGUCUCUUUACCGUUCGUGUCGGUGACACGCUGCACAUCUUUGACGUCAAGUGCUGGCGCCAUGUGGUGGUCACAGUCGACAGCCUGGCGCCGGCGCUCAUUCCGCUGCGUGACGUCUGAUCGUCACGUGUCGCGGUGACGUGGCAGUGCAAGCGACGUCCCUGCGUUGCUUCUUUGGCACGGUCCGAGGACCAGAUGCAUAAGCUGUGUAUUCCCAAGUAGUGUCGAGACAACGCUGCAUGCUUAAUCGAGGCAGCCUGUUAUCGACUUAGAAUCUGCAGA